UUCAUCCUUUCCCUGGAGAGAACACAAGUGCACCAGUCCAUCAAUGACCAGGGCUGCUCUGAGGUCCUGUCUUCCAUGGUACAUCCCAAGUGAUGCCCUGAUAGCCUCCUUUAUAGCUGGAGGCAUCUUCCCUUAUUCCAGCCAGGAGGGCAGAGCACAGGCCCAUCUAAAAAAUGCCAUCUCUUCUCUGGUGGGAACCUGCCUGGACCCAGGGCAGGAUUUCUGGGAACCCCUGCACUUUCCCUGCUUCAGGAUGAAGCUGACAUCUCUGCAUCUCAGCUUGCCUGGCUCGGAGCUGGGGGGCCACUCCUACUUUCUCCAGGUCCAGCUGGAGCAUCCAAGGCCCAUUGAGGCAGAUCUGGAAGUACCAUCUCCAGAGCUCCCUCCAGCUCCAGAGCCAGAGCAAGGGCCAGCUCCACGGCUAGAUCCAUCUCCAGCUCUAGUUUCACCACCUGUGCUAGAGCUGGAGCCAGUGUCACCUCCAUCAGUCCCUCCAGGGCCAGAGCCACCACCAACAUCAGCUCCAGCCCCAGUGCCAGCUCCUGAGCUGGAGCCAGCUGGAGCAUGGGCUCCAGGGAGAAUCCUCACUCCACCUGGAGAGAUAACAGCAGAGCCAGAUCCAGCCCCAGAGCCCGCCUGCCCCUGGGAUGUGACCAGCAAGAACCUGCUGAGGGAGGAGAAGCCUGACUUCUUGGAGUUCCCUCCCCAGCUGGUGGAAGAGCAGUUGACACAGAAGGAUGUGCUUUUGCUGUCCUCAUGUGGACAGUAG